AUGGCGCCUCCUCACUCUGGCCGACGCGGCCGCCGCGCGCCCGAGGAUACGGACCCAAUGCUCGCCGAUUCCGACAGCGAUACCGCUUACGAAGACGACGACCGCUUCGACGAGGGCAAGACAUCGGCCGAGCUCCGCAGGGAGGACCAGUCGCUGCUGGAAGAAGAGGAGGAGCGCGAGAAGCUGAUCGCCCGCAGCUCGUCCGCAGGCAGCGCAAGGAAAGGCGGCCUGGGCAGGCUAUUCCGCGGGAGAGAUGGCGAUACCUCGCGACGUAAGUCCAAGAUGGAGCCCGGGCGAGACCGCAGGCGAUACCUCCACAGUUCCGAAGAGAGUGGACUCAUGUAUGAUACCGAAGAAGGGGGGAGGCUGUCGAGUGCGUCGUCUAGGGACUCUUCCGAGGCUGACGAGGAGCGGCUGCGCGCCCUGCUGGGCAAGAAGAAACGGUCUUCGAGACCACUUCUUCUGCGCACUAUCAUCUACGUCUUCAUCGUUAUCUUGUUUUUCAUUCUGCUCUUUGCAGCCUACAGAGCAUCUGGUUUGCGGCCGACCAAGCACUAUGCAACCAUGCUGAGCAAUGGUUCUGCAACCUUUGCCCCGACCACUAUUCUCAUCUCUCUCGAUGGCUUCCGCGCAGACUUUCUCCAGCGAAACCUCACCCCAACGAUGCAGAGUUUCAUUGAUCAGGGCGUUUCUCCACCGUACAUGAACCCUAGCUUUCCCAGCGUAACCUUUCCCAACCACUGGACACUGGCCACAGGCCUCUAUCCUGAGGCCCACGGCAUUGUUGGCAACACUUUCUGGGACCCUGAAUUUGAGCAGGACUUCUACUACACGCACAUUGAGGUCAGCAUGCAGAGCAAAUGGUGGGGCGGUAAUCCCCUCUGGGCGACAGCCGAGAGCCAAGGUAUCAGGACCGCUGUGCACAUGUGGCCGGGUUCUGAAGCCCACGUCGGCGAGUAUGAGCCUGCUCACCUUGACAAAUACAACGGCUCGGAGAAGCUGUCGGUGAAGGUCGACAGAAUUCUUGGGUUCCUGGAUCUCCCAGGCCCAGAUAGUCCACAUGCUCUUGGAGAUCAGCCUCGCCCUCAGCUCAUCGCUGCCUACGUACCCAACGUCGAUGCCGAUGGCCACAGGUACGGUCCGAACAGUACUGAGAUCAGAGGGACCAUCACGGCCGUCGACACCAUGCUCGGUAAUCUGUUCAAGGGGCUCGAGGACCGCAACCUGACGAACAUCGUCAACGUGGUCAUUGUUUCGGACCACGGCAUGGCAACGACUGAUAUUUCGCGCCUCAUCCAGCUCGAGGACCUCAUCGACCCGAGUCUGAUUGAGCACAUCGACGGCUGGCCGCUCUACGGCCUGUGGCCCAAGAACCCAGACAACCUCGACCGCCUGUACCAGGAGCUCAAACUCAAAGCCGAGCACAACCCCAACAUCGAAGUCUACCUCCGCGACUUCAACAUGCCGGAGCGCUACCACUUUGCCAGCAACUCCCGUAUUGCACCGCUUUGGAUUGUGCCGAAGGCCGGUUGGGCCAUCGUCACCAAGGACGAGUUCGACGUCGAGCAAGGGUUGCAGACGGGCGCGGCCUACCAGCCGCAUGGCCUGCACGGCUACGACCACGAGCACCCGCUCAUGCGUGCCAUCUUCUUGGCCAGGGGCCCCGCCUUCCCGCACCAGCCCGGCAGCAGGUUGGAGCCGUUCCAAAACAUCCAGCUCUACAACAUCAUUUGCGACUCCCUGGGCAUCGAGCCCGCCCCCAACAACGGCACCCUCCGCCUGCCCCUCAAGCCCGUCGGUCUGCACUCGGACGUCGAGCCCGAGGAGUCACCCGCAGACCCGCCUGCGCCGGCAGCGGAGACGACAACCUUAGCCGGCCACGUCCUGUCCAGCACUCCUUCUGCCCCAUCUUCUUCUCCUUCGGCAACGGCUGCGCAGUCCUCGGUUGCUGCUGCUGCUUCUUCCGCCGCUGCUGCGACCACGACGGCUCCCGCGCCUAGCAAUGAGGAGACGAGUGAAGGAGGUGAUGACGAGGGAAAGAGUGAUGGGGAUGAUGGCGAGGGAAAGAAGGGAGAUGAGGAAGAGAAAGAGGAAAAGAUGAGCUGGUGGGAGUGGUUUACGGACAAGGUUAACUCGGCGAAGGGCUGGGCCGUCGACGUCGCUAACAAGGCGGGCGACAAGAUCGAGGAGGUGAAGGAGAAGGUUAAGGGCGAUAAAGGCGAAGAAGAGAAGGGAGAGAGCCCGUGA